UUCCUAAGGCACUGCAGGCGUGAUCAUGCCAUUCAGCUGCAAGUGCCUUCAGCAGCCUGUAUCGUUACCUGCCCCACAGGUGGUGCUUUCACCUCCACUGUGCUCAGACCCAGGUGGCACCCUAGGAUUGCCCAUCCUGAAGCAGCUCAGUGCAGAAGUGGGAACUCAGAUUGCUUCAGAGCCUCCCCACCAUGUCCUCUAAGAAACUGGUGAACUCGGUGGCAGGCUGUGCUGAUGAUGCCCUUGCUGGCCUGGUGGCCUGCAACCCCAACUUGCAGCUCCUACAGGGCCACCGAGUUGCCCUCCGUUCUGACCUGGACAACCUCAAGGGCCGGGUGGCAGUGCUGUCGGGUGGGGGCUCUGGCCACGAGCCUGCCCACGCUGGUUUCAUUGGGAAGGGGAUGCUGACGGGGGUCAUCGCCGGAGCCGUGUUCGCUUCCCCAGCCGUGGGCAGCAUCCUGGCGGCCAUCAGGGCUGUGGCCCAGGCGGGCACAGCGGGGACCCUCCUCAUCGUGAAGAACUACACUGGGGAUCGGCUCAACUUUGGCCUGGCCCGGGAACAGGCCCGGGCAGAAGGCAUCCCUGUGGAAAUGGUGGUCAUCGGGGAUGACAGUGCCUUCACGGUCCUGAAGAAGGCAGGCCGGAGAGGCCUGUGUGGCACAGUGCUCAUCCACAAGGUGGCAGGUGCCUUGGCCGAGGCAGGUGUAGGGCUGGAGGAGAUCACAGAGCGGGUGAGCGCGGUUGCCAAAGGCAUGGGUACCUUGGGAGUGAGCCUAUCCUCCUGCAGCGUCCCGGGCUCCAAACCCACCUUCGAGCUUGCCGCCGAUGAGUUGGAGCUGGGCCUGGGGAUCCACGGGGAAGCUGGUGUACGCCGGGUGAAGAUGGCAACUGCCAACGAGGUUGUCACGCUCAUGCUCGACCACAUGAUGAACGCCUCCAAUGUGUCCCAUGUAUCUGUGCAGUCAGGCUCCUCAGUGCUUUUGAUGGUCAACAACCUGGGUGGUCUGUCAUUCCUGGAACUGGGCAUCAUGGCCGAUGCUGCCGUCCGUUCUCUGGAGAGCCGUGGCGUGAAGAUUGCCCGGGCGCUGGUGGGCACCUUCAUGUCAGCACUGGAGAUGCCUGGCAUUUCUCUCACCCUCCUGCUGGUGGAUGAGUCCCUCCUGAAACUGAUAGAUGCUGAAACCACUGCUGCAGCCUGGCCUAAUGUGGCCAAGGUGUCUGUGACUGGGCGGAAGCGGAGCCGGGCAGCCCCCAUUGAACCCAAGGAGACCCAUGAAGCUACCACAGUGGGAGGUGUAGCCUCUAAGCAGAUGGUACUUGUGCUGGAGCGGGUGUGCACCACCCUCCUGGACCUGGAGGAACACCUGAAUGCCCUGGACCGGGCUGCUGGCGAUGGGGACUGUGGCUCCACCCACAGCAGUGCUGCUCGAGCCAUCCAGGGGUGGCUGAAGGAGGGCCCACCUCCUGCCAGUCCUGCGCAGGUACUCUCCAGACUGUCUGUCCUGCUGCUGGAGAAGAUGGGAGGCUCGUCUGGGGCGCUCUAUGGCCUGUUUCUGACUGCGGCUGCCCAGCCUCUCAAGGCCAAGACUGACCUCCCAGCCUGGUCUCUUGCUAUGGACGCCGGCCUGGAAGCCAUGCAGAAGUAUGGGAAGGCUGCACCAGGGGACAGGACUAUGCUGGACUCUCUGUGGGCAGCAGGGCAGGAGCUCCAAGCCUGGAAGAAGCCAGGGGCUGAUCUCUUACAAGUCCUGACCAAAGCAGUCAAGAGUGCUGAAGCUGCAGCCGAGGCCACCAAGAACAUGGAAGCUGGAGCCGGAAGAGCCAGCUACAUCAGCUCUGCGCGGCUAGAUCAGCCAGACCCUGGGGCAGUGGCAGUGGCCGCCAUCCUCCGUGCCAUCCUGGAGGUCUUGCAGAGCCAGGGUGUGUGACGGCCCCUCAGCCUCCGCUGCUCUCUCACUGCUGGACUGCGGUGCUCGACGUCACUUAUUUUUGCCUUCAGUGGCCACCUCCCCGCUCAGUCACCGCAGGGCGUGUCCUCUACCAGGCCUCUAAAAACUGCAGACAGCUCCUGAGCUGGAGUGGGCCCCAAGCCCUCCUCAGGGAGGGUGGCCCCUGGCUCUCCCCACGCAGCCCUGAGCUUCAGUGACAAGGCAGCUCCUGAGCCACAGCACGGCCUUCGGUUCUAAGAUUCCAGUCUCUCUCUGCGAAAGGCCUUCUGUGCUUGAAACCAAGUCAGUAUGGAAAAGAAAGCUAAUAAACCAUUGUGAAGCCAUAAAGCCACGGCCUUCUCCCAGGGAUCUCUGCCCUGGUUUCUGUGACCAUGACCCCUCUCCUCCAAGCCCUUUGUCACUACCUGUGCCCCAGGCAGGCUCUGCUCGGCCGGGCUGGUUCUGUUCCCAUCCUCCUGCCUACACACACCACACUUAUGUGUGCAAGAAUGGUAGAAAGACUUCUUUCUUUCACCAGAUUAACAGUUUAUUGAGUCUUUAGGGAUUGGGCGGACAUUUGGGACAUUGGAAGAAAAAGAAACCACUGUACUCUAAAGCUCAGCUGUAGACUGGAAACUGUAGCCAUGCCAGGCCCUAGUUCUUUCUAGAGCAAUCACUGGUGGCCCCUGGACCCCAGGUGGCAGGAGGGACUGCUGACUGGUGCUGACAGAAAUACCACGUGCACAUAGCCACACCUGGUAGGUAUGUCCUCGGCAGAGUGGCUGACGGCACCGGCCAUAGACUCAAAUAUCCAUGUUUGAGAUCUGAUUCUGCUUUAAAGCAGCUCCAUGAACUUGGGCCUACACUUAGCCUCUUGGGAUCUGUAAAAUCAGAAGAGAGUGCCCGUCUUGUGGGGAUGCGAAAGGGUUCAAGUGAACCAGUAAGGUGAGGCCCCGGUGCAGUCCGAGCACUGGCUCUCUGGGGUCAGUGUCACGGCUGGCGUCAGACCCCUACCCCUCCCGGGUCAGCCAUUCCACCAUCACGAGACGUCUCAGCUGAUCACACUAGGAAAAGAGCCUCUUCACGCCCAUCACCUGCUUCACCCAAACUCGACUCCUCUGGUUCUUGAGCUUCUCUGCCCAGGGUCCCUGUCCAGCUGCGUCCCAGGUCCCUGACCAUAGGCUGGUGUCAGCAUGCACAGGUGUGUGCCCAGCAGCCAGGAAGAAUGCUGGCAACAGACUGUAGAGCCCAAUUCUGCCAUUUCCUGACUGGUGACCUCAGGCCAAUCAUCUGUCCUUUUUGAGUCUUGUUUUCUAGAUUAUAAAAUAGGAAACAUUUCCUUCCUUGUAAGAUGAGCCCAUGCCCAAAAGCCACUGUUUAGGACAUCCACAGGCACAUGCUCACAUGCAGUUCCAGGAAGACACACAGUUGUACAGGUUUUUGGCGCCUUGGUUGGCCCUCCCCAGGUCUGUCUGAGGGUCAGUCCUGUCCUAAGGUUUGCACGGUGGCCCCAGUGCUCAUUUAAGAGCAGUAUCGUUUCAGCAAAGAAAGCUUUUGUUAUGCUUUGUCCUCUCCAAAUCUAUAUGUGGAAAUCCUCUCCCCCAGUGUGAUGGGAUCGCCAGGGGGGUACUUAGGAAGGUGAGGAGGUCGUGAGGGUGGAGCCCUCAUCAGUGAGAGUAGUGCCUUCAGGUAGCAGAGGCCCCAGAGCUACUUACGUUCCCUCCGCCUGAGGUCCCAGGGAGGAGUUCUGUGAAGGGGCCCUCACCAGACACCACAGCCUCAUGCCUUGGUCUUAGACUUCCAG